UUGAUGCCAGCACCACUUUUGUUUCUUUCGCUCACGGAGUAAUUUCGGAUGUUCAAAAGCAUCCACUAAACUAAUAAUAAAAAACGUAAUAAUGCGAGAUUAAUAACCAUGAGUGAACUACAGCAAGAGGAGAAUAUCGCAGAUGCGAAAAAACCUAACGAAGUCAUCGUCUUGGACGAUGACGAAAUGGAUGUUGAUAACGCCGAGAAAACAAAAAGAAACUGCAUCAAUUACUACUGCAAGAGUGGUUUUGAUCCAGUAGAACCACCAGCAUACUGUCUAACUUACUAUCAAAUCAAAGGCAAAGCGAAAGGGCAAAAAGUUUGUCAAGCAUGCUAUGAUAUUGCAACAAACCACUUCUUUGAUAUCAGUAAAGCCAUAGAACAGGGCAAAAGUUUACUUACACUAGACUAUCCUGACUUCUGUGAGGUGGUUGCAUUGGAUUCAGAUGAAGAAGAAGGCUAUGAGGAUAAAAACUUAGAUGAGAAAGCAAUCAGCUACUUGGAAGAACACUUUGCUGAAGUAAUGGAAGAGAGUAUGAUCAAAUAUGAUGUGGAGAACACCAUGAAGAGAACAUUGGAUGAAAUAAAGACAAAAGUCAAAGAGUCCAAUGAAUCCACAGUACAAUUACAAAAUGACAUUAAAGAUGUCCGCAAACAAUUUGAUCAAAUCCUCUACAGUUUAACAAACGCAAUGCGCCCGCACCAAAGCGAGUUAAGCGAACUCAUACUAGAUAUUCCCCAAAUGGAAACCGAAGAAACUGAAGAUGAUGUGGAAACAGUCAAUGUACAAACCAUUCACCCACCGAUUGACCUUCCAAUGCGCGGCACCGCCGUUAAACCACCGCUUAUCAUCGGUGAAUUUUACUAUAGUCGACGGACUGAUCUCACCUCCUGGAUGAAGGUACGUCUUGAGAAUAUCAUCCCGCCUGGUUCGAAAAUCAACGAUAUUCACAUACGCACUUACAUGUAUCAAGUCGUGCGUGAUUUGGGUUCGCGUGAACAGCGUCGUUUCGUCGAGGGUAGAAACAUCGCAUAUUCCGAAACGCUGCCUAUAUUAUUAGAAAUAGGCACCAGGGUAAUAGCACUUUUUGACGAAAGUAACUCUGUGCCGCACAGUAAUCGCCUAAAAGUGUAUUACCCGGGUAUUGUGGGUGAAUUCCCAUGCGCGUUUAAUAAGUAUAGAUAUUUAAUCUUUUUCGAUGAUGGUUACGCGUUAUACGUGCAUCAUCGUGAGGUAUUCAUGAUUUAUGAAUCUUCUAAAGACGUCUGGGAGGAUGUGUAUCAGGAAUCUCGUCCGUUUAUUAAGAAAUACCUGACUGAGUAUCCAAAUCGGUCGAUGGUGAAAUUUUUGAAGUAUCAAAAGGUCCGCACGGAAUAUAAGGGUAAAUGGUUUGAGACUACAGUCAAAGAAGUUGAUUGUUCAUUGGUGCAGAUGUAUUUUUCGAGUUUAAAACGCACAGAAUGGAUUUAUCGCGGGUCGAGACGAUUGAAAACCAUGUAUCAAGAAGAACAAGCGGCUAAUAAUCGUCAGAACUUGAAACAUAAAUAUCCAAGAGCAAGAAAUCGACUUUCUAAUUUGACAGGAGCGCCGUAUGUCGAAUACAGUUCGGUGUGCGAUGACAAUGAUGUGGUCUUCAUCUCACAGGAACCCGUUGGGAAGCCAGGCAGCCGUGCGGUGGCAAAGAAAAGCACUAGGCCUUCGAGUUCGAGUACUGGUCAUGCGCACUCGCGUCCGCCGGUACAACACGAGCGGCCACCACCGGGGAAAAUCGUUUAUUACACUCCACGCAAACCGUACUCGUUUUAUUUGUAUGAACCGCACAACUGUAAAGCGGCGUGUCUUAAACAAAUCACGCCGUUGAAUCGGUUGAAAGGAUAUGGACCAUUGGCGAAACCAUUGCUUUGUGGUUUUUAUCGCAUGCUUUAUAAAGCGAAACAUCGGCGGCCUUUCAUUUUGUAUAAAACACCCUGUGGACGAACUACAAGAAACAUGGAGGAGUUACAUAAAUAUUUACGAAUUACAAAUAGUGAAUUGACUGUGGAUCUUUUCGAUUUUGAUCCUGCGGUGAGAUGUCUAGCUGAAUUUAUCCUCGAACCGGAUGCCUGCCUUAAUAAAGAUCUCUCCGAAGGUUUGGAACAAGUACAACUUCCGGUUGUCAAUUAUGUCGAUAAUAAAGUUUGCGACUUUGUCAACUAUUCCACUCAAAGAACACCGUCAGAAGGUGUAAACUUAAAUUUGGAUCCGGAAUUUUUAACCUGCUGUGAUUGUACGGACGAUUGUUGGGACAAGUCAAAAUGUGCGUGCUGGAAACUCACGCAAGAGGGCGCGAAAUUCUUACACAAGGCACCAGAAGAUGUGGGAUACGUUUAUCGGCGAUUAUUAAAUCCAUUAUUGACGGGCAUCUAUGAGUGUAACUCACGGUGUCGAUGCAGAAAGACCUGUCUUAAUAGAGUAGUGCAAAAUCCACUCCAGCAUAAGUUGCAGGUGUUCUUGACAAGUAAUAAUCGUGGAUGGGGCAUACGAUGUCUUAAUGACAUUCCACGAGGUUCUUUUAUUUGUAUUUACGCUGGAUGUUUACUUACUGACCAAAUGGCCAAUGAAGGUGGGCAAACUUGUGGAGAUGAAUAUUACGCUGAAUUAGAUUUUAUUGAAAUCGUCGAAAUGGCGAAGGACGAUUAUGAAGCGGACGCAUAUGAAAGUGACGAAGGUGGUGAAGAAAAAACACCACAGGUAACAGAGACGAAAAAGACUGCAAAGAAAACUGAAGAAAAAUCAGAACAAAAUAACACGACUGUACCUGAAUCAACUACACCUGCUACAACCCCCGGCGCAGGCGCAGAACAACCUGCGUCAUCGGUGCACGAAGAAGGUUCAAUUCGAAGCAGACUGCGCAAGCGCGAUGUCGAAAUAAAUUACAAAAAACUCGGCGAGGAUUCGUUCAACAACAGUGAUGAAGAGGCAGACGAACAGCCUACAACACGCGAACCCGGUGGAUUUAACCCAGACGGCGACAUGCAGGCGCCCACCUCAAAAUAUCCAUCAGUACGCACACUUUUUGGAAAAGACGAGAAUGUAUACAUUAUGGAUGCGAAAUCUACCGGCAACCUAGGACGAUUUUUAAACCAUUCAUGUUCGCCUAAUGUCUUCGUACAAAACGUGUUUGUCGACACGCAUGACCUUCGCUUCCCCUGGGUGUCAUUCUUCGCGAUGCAGUUUAUACGCGCAGGAACAGAAUUAACGUGGAACUAUAACUACGAUGUGGGCAGCGUGGAAGACAAAGUGUUGUACUGCAACUGCGGCAGUUCCGAAUGUAAAGGUCGCCUGCUUUAACGCUAGGAAUCUCUUAACGAGUCACAAAUAAGUGUACGAUAUUUGCUUUUAAAUUAUAAACCGAUCGUGUAAGUA